AUGUCCCAAGGAGCUGAACGCGACGUUCAAGGCCCUACGCACCCUCGUCUUCAUCUCCGCGACGCUCGGGAUGCACACACCCUCUUCGAGGCAGUCCGUCUAGGAAUGUUGAAGCUUGUCAGGCGACGGUUGAACGACUACGAAAGAUCAACAUAUAUUGUAUCCGGCUCUGUGUUCGUUUGGGAGGAGAGCGAAGAGGAGACCGGUCUGAAAAGAUGGACUGACGGUCGCAUAUGGAGCCAGUCUCGAAUGCGAGAGCCGUAUCUGUUCUAUGAUGAGAGAGUAUCUCCAGACGGAAAUCAGACCAACAGCGGGCAGACCUCACAAUCCACCUAUCGCUUUGUCGACGGGCCGUCUCGGACGUGGUCAUCUUCAGCACAAUCUCACUUCGACCGAAGCGAUCAGGCCCCAAUGGGGUUGGUGAAGCAGGCCUAUUCGGCGUGGGUCCUCGUGUCGGCGAACGCAAGGCCACGGAAAUGGCAUCUGACCGCCUACUUCACGUAUGCGGACCUCCCCAACAUCCCGACCCUCGAGCGUGAUCGGAUGUUGCGUAAUCUAACCGUGCCGCAGGGUGUUUACAAGAGCGGGAAAUCGAGGUCAAGGAACGUGGAAGCAUCGCCCGCGACAGGCUCCUCAUCCGGGACAUCGCCAACCCCGCACGGAAGCCAGCCGCGCGAUCAACCGGGAAAUCCCCUAGUUCUCCCGCCUCCGCGUGUGGGGGCGACUGGACAACAAGGACGUCCGCUUCCACGAGGAGCGGAAGAUCAGCGUAUGAUCCAGAUGUUGAAUUCACGGCCUAUUUGA